GAAAUUAAAAUUCAAAAGAAGCAACAAAAUUGUUCAGUGGCGCCAUCUAUCGAACUACAAAUUAGUUAAAAUGAUUUUCUCUUUUAUUUUUGUUUACUUUUAUUCUUGAAGCUUUUUAAUCUUAACCUUUUUUUGUUCGGUGAUUUUGUAAUUGAAUUAAUUGUUUCUGUCUUAAUUGUAUUAUCUUGUUUUUACUUUUAUCCUUAGAAAGAUGCAAAAACUAUUCGGCAAUUCAUCUACUUUUGAUCCAGCGGUUGAAAAGGUAACAGAUGAAUGUAAGACAAGUGAAGAUUGGGCUUUGAUAAUGGACAUUUGUGAUAAAGUGACCACAGAAUCAACUGGACCAAAAGAUUGUCUUCGUUCAAUAACAAAAAGAUUAAACAAUCCAAUUCCACAUGUACAAAUGUUAACAUUAACCCUAUUAGAUGCGUGUGUCUCUAAUUGUGGUAAAAAAUUUCACCUAGAAGUUUGCUCUCGAGACUUUGAAAGUGAGAUUAAAAAAAUCCUCACCAAAGGCCAUCCAAAAGUGAGUGAAAAGCUAAGGAGUUUAAUCAAAAAAUGGGCUGAACAAGAAUUUAAAAGUGAUCCACAAUUGAGUUUAAUUCCUUCCCUAUACAAUAAGAUGAGAGCGGAAGGUGUUGAAUUUACCUCAUCAGAUCCACCAAGACGAUCAAUGGCCUCACUACCAACCGAUCCCAAUAUUGUAACCAGUAAUCAAGAAGAGGAAGAUAUUGCCAAAGCAAUUGAAUUGUCCUUAAAGGAAACUAAAUCAUCUAAAUCAUAUUCCUCGUCAACCAACAAUUACAAGUCAUCCAUUACAAUUAGUAAUAAUAGUAAUACCAAUUCAAUCAUCAAUCCAAACAAUACAAACACCAACAGUACAUUGUACCCAAAAUUUAUCGAUACAAUGUCAUCAUUAUCUCUCAAUGAUACAACCUCAUCUUCUGGUGUCAAAGUUAAAGAACCAUAUAAAGUACGAGCUCUAUAUGAUUUCGAAGCUGCUGAAGAUAAUGAAUUAACUUUUAAAUCAAAAGAAAUCAUUCUGGUGCUAGAUGAUAGUGAUCCCAAUUGGUGGAAAGGAUCAAAUCACAGAGGCGAAGGUCUUUUUCCGGCAAAUUUUGUCACCACCGAUCUGAAUGAACCAGAGCAAUUUAAAUCAAGUGAAAAAAAGACCGUCCAAUUCAAUGAGACGGUUAAGGUCAAAACUCUUGAACGGGAACCGCAACAAGUUGAAAUCGAUGCUGAAAAAAUUGAUAGAUUGUUAAAUCUUUUGCUUGAAGCCGAUCCAACCGGAGAAAUGGUAGAUACAGAGGAAUUGAUUCAAUUAGAAGAGCAAUGUAUGCAAAUGAAUGUAAUGAUUGACCAGGAGCUUGAAAAGAUUGACAAAAAACGCAGCCCUAAUCGGGUUAAUUCACAAUUAACUGAAGCCUUAAAAAUGUAUCACUCACUGAUGAAAGAUACUUAUCCAUUAGCAGUAGCCAGUGGUCACUACUCAGCAAAUUAUAUGCCACCAGGAGGAGGAGGUCAACCAACAUACCAAACUGGACCAGUUCUCUAUCAACCACAACAACCACAGUCUCUUCCUCAACCUCAACCUCAACCCCAACAAUUAGCUCAUCCUCCACAGUCUCACACACCUCACCCACAAUCGAUUGCAAUGAUUCCCCACCAGCCUCAAUCUCAACACCAUCUCCACCCUUCAACCAACCCUUAUCCUCCACAUGUAAUGAUGGCUUCAAAUGCUGUCAACACAAACAUCCCAAUGACUGGUGAAGAUUAUGCUCCAAUCCAAAUGGGUCCCCCUCCUCCUGUUCAGUCAAACAAUUUGAAUUACAAUGAGAAUCAAUAUUUUUCACAAGGCUUUAAUCAAUAUGAAUUCCAACAAUAAGUUAACAAAAUGUUUCCAUUUAAUUGUUUACAUAAUUAAACAGCAAUCAAACUACAAACAUUCAACACUGUAAA